AUGUCCUACAUUUACCCACCGGAUCGAAAUGACUACUUCGAGUCGACAUAUCUCCCACAAAUCGGCGCCUCCACUCAAUACGAUUUCUAUCAAGCACCCAGCGAGCCUGGGGAACCAUUGAUCCCUUAUGGAUGGCGUAGCGAUUGGAAUCGUCCAAAUGGUGGCGCGAGAUUCGAUUGGACAACGAUGUCCUCGCCGGGUGUCGUUCAUUCAUUGCCCACUCUUUCAACUGGAGCAUUCACCUCAAAUGGAGCUACCCUGCCCGCUCUUCAUGCUCACACAACUCUUCAUGCUCACACAACUCUCCAUACGCUGCCGACAACCUCAACAGCAACUAUGGGUUUACAAAUGAAUGGCACUCCUCUGCAUACCGUGCACCUCACUGGCCUCCCCUCGUCCACUUCUUCCCUUCCUCCAUCUCUUUCCUCAACAAAUCCCCAUUCUCUUCCAUCAGUCACCGGAUUAAAUGCCCAUAUUUCAUACGGGGCUUCGGUGACGAAACCGUUAUCGAGCGUUUCGCGGAGUAUUUUGAAAGUCUCACGGAAAGAGGCCACAAAACCAUUUCCUUGUCAUAUAUGCGGAAAGUCGUUCUCCCAGGCGGCCAAUUUGACUGCACACAAACGGGUGCACACUGGUGAAAAACCGUUCUCCUGUUCGGUUUGCCAGCGCCCUUUCUCACAGAGCUCCUCUUUGGUCACACAUAAAAGAACUCACACCGGCGAGCGACCGUACCCUUGUCCUCAUUGUGACAAAGCGUUCACUGAUAGCUCCACUCUCACAAAGCAUCUCCGGACGCAUACAGGUUUAAAGCCGUACUCGUGUCCGAUGUGUUUGAUGCGUUUCACGCAAAGCGGCAAUCUCCAUCGACACAUGAAAACGCAUCGAUCGUCGAAA